AGGAGAUCCAAAAAAUGGAAAAGCAAAGCAGUCGCCAAGCUCAGAAAAAAAAGGAGCAUCUUGAAAAUGAAUUAAAGGCUCUACGGGAUAUGUUGGAUAGAUUUCAUAAGAGUUUCGAAAAAGAUAAUGAAUAAAAGAUCUCAGAUAAAUAUCUACAGAUCCAGAAAAUCCAAUACCGUGAGAAAUAAUAUAGGUACAAUGCUUAAGGUGGUAGAAAAGUUGAUCCAACUGUUGCGACCGAGGAUAUGUCAAUUCGCGCAGUCUAAUAAGAACAUUUCCAAGCAUUUGUAUGAGAGGGCUAGGGCAGAGGAGAAUAUUCACUUCCUAAAACUGCAAAGAGAGCAGCUGAAGACCCUGCGAGAGAAGAUUCUCAGCCAGAAGAACGAAGUCACGACGAAGAUCAUCAAAGUGGAUAAACAGAUACAAUCGUUGGAAAAAACCAAAACAGAAGAUAAAAACAACUAAUUCGGAACCACCAAAAGUCCAAAGUGCAUUCAAGGCAAACAUUAGAACCAUGAGGGAAAUUAAAUAAAGUGUGGCAGAAACCAUAA